UUAUAGCUGUUGGCCAUCGUGAAAAAGCUGUUACAGAAAUAGCCGAGGCCUCGGUACACUGCGCAGGCGGUUAUUUUAGAGAGUGAGAGGCAUAUAGGUAACUUUAACUAUCAAGCUGCAGGGUACCGUCAGAUUUUAUAACUCGAGAACUGGGUUACAGAGACUGAAAGGAAAACACGGAAUAAUACUCUUUGAAGACUUUUUAUACUUCGUAAGUUUUAUUGGGCCACACUAAAUCAACUUUCAGCAAUUGAAAGAUUAUUAAUUCAAGGAAGAUUUCAAUAUUUCUUUGGCUCACUGACUUUUCUGGCUUUUAACUUUGCGUAUCUUCUAGAAAACAUGCAAAACUACAAGGCUGGGAAUAAAACCACAUGGCAGUGGCAGGAAAAGAUUGUGGUUAUGAAUAACAAAACAUUUAAGGAGUGAGCGUGGUAUCCAUGUGACAGCUUCACACUGGCUGAAAGGAUGAAACAUGUUUGUGUAAGGUUUUCUUCGUGGUUAUAUACAGUCAUAUACAUAUACAUAUACAUGCAUACAGUCAUACACAGCUACGGGCAGUCAACGGUUCUUCUACAGUCACUUGUUAUACCACAGUCCCUUAAUGACAGCAGCGCCCUCUGCUGGUACAAACCAGUGACUGCAGAAGUACUCCACUCCAAACAUGGCUGCCCUAGCAACUGCAUGGGAGGAUGAUAAACAUUACUCGCAGGGGGAGGAAGAGCCUAGUGUCCUGCAGCCAUGCACAUCACCCCUGCUCAGCGGUCAAAGUGCGGACCACAGACUGGCCACACAGAAAACUGCACAGUUCCUCAGGGAGGCUGAGAGGAACAGGAGGCAGAUUGAGAAGUUGGAGAAAGAGAGGACGCUGAUUUCUCAGUGCAGAAAGAAUGGCUGGGCGGAUGUGAGUGGAGAGAUCGAAGAGUACGAGAAUGUGCUGGAGGGACAAAGAAAUGCUGAGAAGAUAAAUCUUCAAAAGCAGCUCAUGAAGAUUCAUAAUGGUGUGAGGAAAUUUCAAAGACAUCUAACUGAUGUGAAACCAACUCCGGAGUUGAUUGAAAAACUGAAGGAAAUCAUGUCAGAGGUGGAAAUUUCUAUUAACAGCGUGAAGGAGGAACAGCGCUCACGCUUUGAGGAAUUUUUGAAGGAAGAGUGGACAUGCAGACAGGAAAUCACCGCUUAUGAGAAGAAGAUUGAAAACUGGAGCCUUGCUGUCAAAACGAAUCCCAAACUACCCGCAGCUCCCACUGUUAGGACCAAACCACCCGACAGAGACCUGCCAGCAGAAGUCAGAGCGCUGGAGGUUUUCCUGCAGAAGACUGGAGGCCCUUAUGGUGGCUGGGACCAAUAUGACCAUGAAGCUUUUCUUAAAGUCUGGGUGAAGCACAGUGGGGAGCCGGGCUACAGGAAAGAAGCCAAGCUGUAUCUGCCUGGUAGAACAAUGGAGGAGAUAGAGCAACACGAGGAAUGGCAUCAGGAGCUCAUCUACCUGCAGGACAGGAAGAAAGAGGCUAUUCAGCGCUGGAAAGCCAGCAAGCAUCAGGAACACCAGAUCAGGAUACAGACUCAGGAGAAGACAGAAGAGGCAAAAAGGAGGGAGGAGGAGGCCAAAAGCCAGGCCCAGCAACACAGGACUGAGGAGGAGAGGAGGGAGAUGGCACGGCGUCUGGAGGAAUGGAGGGAAGAAAAGAAAAGGAGGGAGGAGCAGGAAGAGGAACAAAGACUGGCUGAAGAGAUUCAAAAGAGGAAACGGGAAAAGGAGGAGCGCCGCCGGCAGCUGGAAGUGAAGCUAACCGUAGAGGAGCAGCUCCGACUGAGGAGAGUAGAAGAGGAGGAACAAGAGAGGAGGAGGAGAGCAGAAGAAGAGAGAGAAAGAGAAGAGAGGAGAAAGGAGGCGACAAAGAGCAUCAGGCGUUUUAAUGAAAGGGAUCUUCAUAGGGUGGAGGCAAAGCGCCAUGAGAAACAGCUGAGGGAAAAAGAGCAAGAGGAAAGGCAGAGGAGACUCGCUGCCAAGUUGAAGGAGAAGGUGGACAAUCAUGUCAACAGAGACCCGUCCAGGCUUACCCGCCCUACGAAGGGAUGGGAGGAGCGGCUGAAACACGUUGGACCGUCGGGAGAUGGGCCAAUGCUACAAAUGUUUCACAGAGCUGUUCCAACUUGGAGACAAGGCCUGUGAUGAAGAGUCCUGCAUUGUGUUCAGAAUCC